AUGUGGGGAGAGGAGUCUAUUCAGAUGCUGCUGCGAGUGACCCAGAGGAAUUGGGACACACAUGGGCAAAUUUCUCGAGGCCUACGUGAAAAGGGCUAUGAUUGGGACACGCAGCAGUGCAGAGCAAAUAUAAAGGAGCUGAGGCAGGCAUACCCUAAGGCAUGGGAGGUGAACUAUCGCUCCGAUGGUGCACCUAAGACCUGCCGCUUCUAUCAGGAGCUGAAUGCUAUCCUCAGUGGUGAUCCCACCUCCAUUGCCGAUAGCCCCGUGGAUACUUCACAUGCAGCUGAAAGAGUGGGUAGCUCGCAGGCUGAAAUUCUGGAUGAAGAAGUUGAGCUAGAAGAGGAUGUGAAGCUCCCAGCGGGAUCGCCCAGUGGUGCAGGCAGCCAGGAACUUUUAGCAACUCCAGAAGUGCUCAAUGGGGAGCAGGAAGCAGAUGAGGUGCCAGACCUUGAGGAACACACCACGCUCCCCAUGGACUGGCUUUGGCAGAUAAGAAAAAACCCUGGGUGCAGGAAAGAAGACAUGUUCUGGGAGUUGCUGCAGUGCGAUGAGACACACACCAGGGAACGGAAAGUGCUGGGAAGCCAAAAGGCAGGACAGAAAAGAGAACGCUGCUUUUGCUAGGCAAGUGACAGAGCGGAUGAUAAAAGUUAUGGAGAAUCAGACAGAGAUGUUCAAGUCUUUGAUUCAGCUGCAGACUGAGCAGCUCCAUGGUCGACGUCCACUGCAGCACAUGCAGAUGCACAAUUCUUUGCCAACCCCACCCCACUCUAUGCCCACACAUUCCU